AUGGGCAACGAAACAUCCAAAAGUGACAACAAAGGUCGCAUUAUUACCAUUUCUGCCCCGCAAGGAGGAUUGCAGAUGGUCCCAACUCCUGAGCGCGACCCGCAGGGUGCUCCCGUCCGCCAUCGCGAUUUUGACAUCAACCGUGCCAACCUCUUGGUCGCUUUUCAACAUAUGGCGGAGUAUCUUCAAAGUCAAAAUGCUGAUGUCACCGUCGUUGCGGUUGGAGGAGCAGUCAACACAAUCUACCUACAGAACCGAGAGGUUACUCACGAUGUUGAUUUCUUUGGCGGCAAUGAACAAAGCCGUCUUCUCAAAGAUGUGUCAAAAUAUGCUCAGCAAGAAAGCAAGAUCCAACUGGGUGCGAAUUGGCUGAACAACGCGACCACUCUUUUUAUUCCCUUAGCAUUGCAGGCUCGGAUUAUCCAAGCCGCCAUGCAACAGAACGUGGUGCUAUUUCGAGAGAAAGGACUUACGGUCUUGGCUGCGCCCUGGGAUUACGCCUUUUGUGGAAAGACGAAUAGGAUGGGUGGACCGGAUGAGCGGCCGUAUGAUUGUAAGGAUGCUGUUGGAUAUCUACGUGAAUAUAUCCUAUCAAAUGGUGAGAAGCCUGUAAAGGCAAGAGAAAUAGAAGAAUGGGGAAAGAUAUAUGGAAAGAUGGUAACCACUUGUGCACUGAAGCAGAUCAGCAGCUCGUAUGAACAGGCAUAUGGACAAGAUGGUAUCAUUUUUUGA